AAUCCUCUUAAAAUGAAAGUAUAUACUUGUUAGUAAUAUAGACAUAGCAUCAUCGCGAGGAAUGACGCGUGAGUUUAGUCGGCCGAUUUUCCGAUAUUGAUUGUAGCUGUGUGCGAAAUUGUUUUGUAUAUUCGCAUUUUUCUCCCAUCGCGUUGUAACAAGGUUCGCAUCGAUCGAUCAACGAUAAUGUGUUUCGAUCAAUGGCUAGAGUGCCGAGAAAAGUGUCAUGCGAUAAAUGAUUAGUGCUCGCGCGAUCUUAAUUAACCGUGUUUUUGCGAAUGAGUAUUGAAUGCCAUGAAGAAGCAGUAAAGGAUCAACAAGAAAAGAGGAGCAGGCCUGGGAAGGCGUCGAGCAACGGCGGAGCAACCGAGAGAUUGCUACGUCCUACAACUCCGCCGUUGCGCAUCGUACCGGGUAGCGCUCUUCAUGAACAUUUGUCAAACUUGGGUUACACGGACUUUGAAAGUGUAUCUAUGUCCAAGACAAUAUUUUUGGAAGAGAAGCAAUAUUUAAAUAUUAAUAUUAGAAGUACUAUACAGAAGAUUUAUGAACAAUUAUUUUCUUUUUAUUCCUGGGUAACACAGGAAAAAAGCAUUUCUGAAAAGCAAUUGAAUGCCAUUUUGAAUGCACAAGCUUUGUUGAACGAUCAUCUUUUUGUGAUUAAUAAUUUCGUAAGCAAGUGCAAUGACAAUUCUAAAAAAAUAAGGCUGCAGGAAUUAAUUAUAACUGGAGUAGUAUUAAUCUCUUCAACAUGUAUUUCGUUGUGUAAAUGUAAAGUGUUACCAAUAUUAUUUGCAUCAUCUGCAAUAUGUUACGCCGGUUAUAUAAAAUACUCACGUUCUUGUGUAAAUAGAGAUUUAAAAAACGUUAUAUCAUUACAAAAUGAACUUCUUGCUAUGUGUAAAGAAAGUCUUAAGAUUUUGCGACGUAAUUGUAAAACAAAAUUAAAUUUUGACACAAGUUUUCAACAAUUUUCUCAUUUCAUGGAAAAAAAGGUGCAAUAUCUGCAAUCUCUAACAAAGACUUUAGUCGAAUUUAUGGGAAAUAUUACAUGCAUCUAUUACCAAUGCUCCCUAUUGAUUGCAAAAUUAUUGCCACCAGAUGUAUGUAACGAAGAAUUGUUUACAAAAUUCGAGUGUAAUUCGUUUGAAAUAUCUGGCGAAAUCGACUAUCAAGCAUUAAAGAAAUUGUAUCACACCUAUCUUCUGGUACAAUCAGAAAUGUUGUAUUUAUUAGCUAUUGCGUAUGACAGCAAUACUUGGAUACAUCGUUGUCAAAUGAUUCCUGAAACGAAAUUAGCUCAUAUAAUUCACAUCUUGAUUAAAGAAUUGACAGUACAUAAAAUCAAAUUGUCGGAAAUUAUUAAUGCUUAUCAUAGUUGUAAAAUAGAACCAGUACGACAUAAACUUUUUAUUAGGGCACAGAGGACCAAAUGGCAAGAUCCGACUGUUCAAUUGGAUUUGGCAUCGUACAAACUACAGUUAGCCUAUAAUCAAAUGUUUUCAAUAUUUAAAGAUAUUGAUGACUGCAUUAAUCAGGAAAUUGGCAUUGAUAGUGAAACAACUGAGAUACUGAUGCAAAAGUUGGAUAGAGCAUUCAAAGAGAUUGGUAUAGCUAAGAGUCUGACGGAAUUUGUUGUUUUACUAAUGGCAAGAUCGGGAUUCCAUAAACCAAGGGACGCUCAGUCUGUAACUAAUGAUACUAUGAUAAAUCAGAAUCCCAGUUUGCCUGUAAUAAUGGAUUCAGAUCCAGAGAUUCUCGAUGAAGUAUUCGAGGAAUAUAUAAAAGAUGACUAUCCAGAACCUUUACACGAAGAAACAGAUGAGUAUUUGUUGGAACAGCGAAAACUGGAUAAACUUUUGGUAAAGAAUUUUAUGAGCGAACUGAAAGAAGCUCUAGUUGAUAAACAUAAAUCUAUGUCUGAACGAGAAUCGAAGGCCCUACAACGUAUAUACAAAAAUAUAUCAAAAAAUUCUAUAUCGAAUACUGAAGACAAUAAGGACUGUCGAUUUAUACCUAUUCCACCACCGAUGCCUGCUUACUACAUAUGGUCAAGUCCAUUAAGCGACAUUAAUUUGAGACAUAAAAAAAUAAUUUCUUCCACUUGUAAGGUUAAAAAUGAUGAUUUAUCUAUUCAAGAAGAGAUUGACGAUUUGGAUGAAAAUAACGAUUCAGCAAAAAUAUUAAAAUACAAGAAUAUUUUUAAUAUGCCAUCCAUGGAAGCCUGCAAAACAGAAAAUGGGGAAUCUCUUACAUAUUUACCCCAGAUUCUGCUUCAAACACAAGCUAUGCAAUUUACUACAAAACUACGACCCACUUUUCUCCAGGAAGAGACAUUUAUAGGAAGUGGUGAAAAUUCCGAGGAUGAAAUAGAUAAUUCAAGUGAUAACGCAAGUAAUAAUAAUGGAGAGAAUGAAAAUUCUUGAUAAUAACUUGAGAGCUUCUCGAAAUUCUUUUUCCAAAGUCACUGCUAAUUAUUUCUCCUGAUUCAUAACUUUCACUACCAACGAGAGGAAUUCCUGAAAGUCGAGCUGUCCAGAUGCUGUAAGAAAAGAAUUGCAUAAGAAAAAGAUCGCGAAUUUAACAAGUUAUAAUUUAUAUCUCUUGAAAUUUUAAUACAAAAAUUUUAAAUAGUACAUUGCAUAUUUUACAUUAUAUAAAAUUGAAAGCUAAAAAUUGGAAAUUGAAAGUUCAAAUGUAAUUUAUCCUAUAAAAUUACGUCAAUCAGGCAAAUAUGUGAUUGUCAGAUGCACAUUAUAUGUACACAUAUGUGUAUGUAUGUUGUGCGGCGCGUGUGCGUGUACACAUUUCAAAUAAAAUAUAAAUUUAAAAAGAUUUACCUUACAUAAUUAUCCCAGAAACGAUCUAAAUAAAAAACACGAAUGGAUUAAUUA